UCAGACGGCUGAUAUCAAAACGCUAGAACCUUCUCUUUCCUCACAGCCUCCUUUAUAUUCCUUACUGAGCCCUGGACUUGUGCUCUACUCGUGCCAGUCCAUCAUCAAUCGCCUAGGGUUUUGACCUCUCAUUUCUCUCGUCGUUUCAUCUGCUUCAAAGGACUUUUUUUUUACCAUGGGAAAGUGCUACCCAACCGUCAGCGAGGAGUACAAGAAGGCCAUCGACAAGGCCAAGAGGAAGCUCAGAGGCCUCAUCGCCGAGAAGAACUGCGCUCCUAUCAUGCUCCGUCUCGCAUGGCACUCUGCUGGAACCUAUGAUGUGAAAACUAAGACUGGAGGUCCAUUCGGAACCAUGAAGCAGCCAGCUGAGCUUGCUCACGGUGCUAACAAUGGUCUUGAUAUUGCUGUCAGGCUCUUGGAGCCAAUCAAGGAGCAGUUCCCUAUUCUCUCUUACGCUGACUUCUACCAGCUGGCUGGAGUUGUUGCUGUAGAGGUUACUGGUGGACCUGAUGUUCCAUUCCACCCAGGAAGAAAGGACAAGCCUGAACCACCUCCAGAAGGCCGUCUUCCUGAUGCUGUCAAGGGUUCUGACCACUUGAGGGAUGUGUUUGGCAAAACCAUGGGCCUCAGCGACCAGGACAUUGUUGCUCUCUCUGGUGGUCACACCUUGGGAAGGUGCCACAAGGAACGAUCUGGAUUUGAGGGACCCUGGACUCCCAACCCCCUUAUUUUUGACAACUCAUAUUUCACGGAGCUGUUGAGUGGAGAGAAGGAAGGUCUUCUACAGCUUCCAACUGACAAGGCUCUUCUGUCCGACCCUGUCUUCCGCCCUCUUGUUGACAAAUAUGCUGCGGAUGAAGAUGCUUUCUUUGCUGAUUAUGCUCUAGCUCAUCAGAGGCUCUCUGAGCUUGGCUUUGCUGAAGCUUAAGCAGCGGAACUCUAUUAAGGAUAAAGGAUGAUGCCAAUGCCUGCGUGCCUUGCUUCUGUAUUUUGUAUGCCUCAGUUCUGGGGUUUUAGGCAGUUGGUAUUGUUUCUUAUGGGUUAGGAAAGUUGGAUUUCUGUUUCAGUUUGAUAAAUGUGUUGAAUGGGAUAGAAAGAUUUGGUAAUCAUCCUUUAGAUUAAAUAAUACACAUCUUUUACUUUAAUAUCG